ACAACCGACCACAGCUGAUUCACAACAACAACAACAACAAUAACUAUCAACAAACUGAGGAUUAAGAAGUUCAUAAAUCCAUUAGAGUGAGUUUGAUUAACAAGCCAUCAGCACAGUUGUGUAUGUACCAGGACAACUCAGCCAGAAUCAUAGUUAAUACUAGGAUGGUGUGUAGCUGUGGUUUGCUAGCGUCUGGUGUAAUGGAAGAGAACUCAGUUUAGAACAGUGAACAAUAAACAAGCAGGUGGUGGAGUAGGAAGAAGAGAGUGAAAAGUCUUCCACAGUGUUACGUCCUCUAGUGUAGUCAACGGAAGGAGAGGUACACUGGUGUGUAUUGUUGCAGGAGGACAAACUUCUCCUAACAGGACCUUACUAUGACAGCCAUAGAGCAAAUAAGGGAGAGAGUGGUGGACCUCUUCAAAUUUCGUGAUGAGUACUUCAAGACUUAUGGUAUUGAAGAUGCCGCUAAUAAAACUCAGCGGGUACAGCAAGAAAUACAUAAGACAAUACAGUUCAUAGAUGAUGUUAAAGACCAGGUCAGUCCAAAUUCCAAAGGAGAACUGUAUUUUCUGCGUGGUCGAGCUCUUAAUGCCACAGCAGAGUACAGUUCAGAAGCUGAGGAAGUAUUGGGUCGAGCCACUCGCUUUAACCUUCCUGAUGCCUGGAACGAGCUUGGAGAAUGCCAGUAUAAGAAGGGAGACCUGAGUGGGGCUCUCACUUGUUUUGAGAAAGCACUGAAACUGGCACAGAACAAGGUCUUCUACCGUAAUAUGUCAAUGUUAAUGAGAAGCUUAACGUGGAAGACAAGCACAGAGAGAGAAGACAACGUUGAUAAGGGUCUGGAGUAUGCUAGGAAGGCUAUCCAUCUGGACAUGAGUGAUGGCCAUUCAUGGUUGGUCUUGGGAAAUGCUUAUUUGGCAUCUUUCUUCACUGUCGACUCCAAGUUGGAAUCUCUGAAGCAUUGCAAAGCUGCUUACACUAAAGCUGCAAAUGACCCAUUAGCUGUUGUCCUGCCAGAACUUCACUUCAGUAAAUACCACGUUCAGUGGUAUGAGGAAGACUAUGCUGGAGCGCUCAGCAGCUUGAGACGUGCCCAUGAACUGGAGCCAACCUGGAUGGAAUGUGAAUUAAAGUUUGACGAAUGCCUCAAGUUUCUAACCAAACUUUCACAAAUGGUGAAGAGUAAAGGUCAACUGAACCAGAGACGACUGAAUACAUUAAUGAUGGACAUCAACGCAUCACAGCUGGGACCAUACAGUAAAAGUGGAACAAAUCUCACUGGUGGGAGAAAGCCGGACCUCAUAUCUCUGUCACUACUGGGUGAAGGCAGCAACCAGGACAAGGUUAUCUUGGGGAAAGUUGUUUGCACCGUUAUUCCUGAAUCUGGCAUUCCGUUUUCUAUGUGUCUGGUGGACAAGGAGGGUUCAUGUAUUGCUGUUACUGUGUACAACUGGGCCAGUGGUUGUGGUGUCAAGAUUGGAGACUCUGUGGCAAUUAUUGCUCCUGUUUUGAAAAGUCAUAGUAUUGACAUCCCAGGAGGGGAGACACUUGCAUUCCGGUCAGUACGUGUAGCUGUGCCAUUGAUGUUGGUUGUGAAUAAGCGACCGGUGGGCGUGAACCAGAUCGCUACAUCACAGAUUGUGUCUCAACAGAAGCCUGAGUGAAGUCCAACUCCACAUUUAGGCUGAUUUAUGUCAAAUAACCUCCAUUACUUAUGGUUAAGAGACUGUCAGACUUCACAACAAACAAUCUUCACAUGGAAUAUUUAGACCACAAAACAAUGUGAGCAGUUUGUUGUGCAAUAUAUUGAUAUUAUUGUUGUCGACUAACCUUUUAUAUUGAAGUCUAAAGGAUUAAACACACUGUACUUUU